UGCUCCGCAGCUUUCACUCGCCCAGUUUGCUUGCCCAUCGCAAUCGCAUCCUCGUGCCACUUUGAUCAGCUUGAAGCGCAUAGCAGCACCAUGGACGAAACCAUGAGCGACGCCCUCGACUCGCGCGAGAUGGAGGACCAGGAGCAGGUCGAGCACAAGAUCAUCAACGAAGAGUACAAAAUAUGGAAGAAGAAUUCUGUCUUCCUCUACGACAUGCUCUACGGCCGCGCGCUCGAAUGGCCGACCCUUACCACGCAGUGGCUUCCAGACAAGAAACCGGUGGAGGGCACCAACAUGAGCCAGCAUCGCGUCAUCCUCGGAACCCAUACCUCCAACCAAGCGCAAAACUACCUCCAGAUUGCCCACUGCGAAAUACCAGACUUCCGCGUGCCAGACCUGGCAGAGCUCAACGAGGAGCGCGGGGAAAUCGGCGGCCACGGCAAUGCGAAGCGGCCCUUCGAUUUCAAAAUUGUGCAGAAGAUCAACCACCCGGGCGAGGUCAACAAGGCGCGCUACCAGCCCCAGAACCCAGACAUAAUAGCUUCGCUAUGUGUAGAUGGCAAGGUACUCAUCUUCGACCGGACCAAGCAUCCUCUACAGCCCAAGGACGACACUGUCAAAUUUGAGGCAGAGCUUGUAGGACACACCAAGGAAGGCUUUGGCCUGAGCUGGAGUCCGCUAAACGAAGGGCACUUGGUGACAGGUAAUGAGGAUACCACCGUCAAGACAUGGGACAUCAAAAGCGGCUUCUCCAAAAGCAACAAGACCAUCAGCCCUACCGCGACCUACACCGUCCACAGCGCAACUGUAAACGACGUCCAAUACCACCCAAUCCACAGCUUCCUCAUCGGUACCGCAUCCGACGACCUGACCUGGCAGAUCAUCGACACACGCAUGGAAUCACACAAGAAAGCGCUAUACAGAAAAGAGGCCCACGAUGACGCUGUCAACUGCGUCUCGUUCCAUCCCGAGUUCGAGAUGACCAUGGCCACCGGCUCCGCGGACAAGACAGUCGGCAUCUGGGAUCUACGGAACUUUGAGAAGAAGCUGCACAGCCUGCAAAGUCACCGAGGCGACGUGAUUGGUCUGCAGUGGCAUCCCCAAGACGCUGCUAUUCUCGCCAGUUCCAGCUAUGAUCGUCGUGUCUGCUUGUGGGAUCUCAGCAAGAUUGGCGACGAGCAGACAGAUGAGGAGGCGGAUGAUGGACCACCUGAGCUACUCUUCAUGCACGGCGGCUUCACCAACCGCAUCUGCGACUUCGACUGGAACAAGAACGACCCCUGGGUCAUGAUGGGCGCCGCCGAAGACAACCAAUUGCAGAUCUUCCGUCCAUCCCGCAAGCUUGUCGAGCCUCUGAAGAAAAGCGUGAACCACGGAGAGGUCUCAGACUGAGCUCUUCAUGCAGUCUGUCAGGCAGCUAGCUGACGCGACGCUCAUAGAAUCAUGAUUCGUGUGCUCAUCCUCCUAGCUACUCCACAUAUCCCUCGCCUCUUUCUUUACCUCCAUCUACGUCAGAUCUAAGCUCGCUGGCAUCAGGCGAUAUCAAAGAGCUAGAGGAAGCGACUCAACGUUUGAACUCCAUGGUUGUGUGAUUGAUGGUCUUGGCUUUUACAAAGACGGCGUUCGGCGUAAUAAAACGGGAAUAUCCGACGGCGCGAAAUCAUGUUCUCUCUACAUGGCUUCUUUCAAUAUGAACCUAGUCAAGAUCGACAAUGCAACAAUGUACAUACAUUUCCCUCGUGACGUAUCGUGACAAGCUAUCCAUCCUAAUCAAAGACCAACUAUCCAAUAUAAGUUCAUCGCC